AUGGACGCUUUAAACAAUUUAGAUGAUGUAGAAGCUGUCUGUCUAGUGUAUUCGAUGUAUAAAAUGAAUAAAAAACAAAAAAAAGAUAAAAAAAAUAAACGUCGUUGGUGGGUACAUCCACUUAACUUAAAAAGGCCGCGCGAAGGACAGUUUCAAGUAACCUUUAUGACAUUGAGGCAAUAUCCGGAAGAGUUUUUUAAAUAUUUCCGUAUGUCAAUUAAAACAUUUGAUGAGCUGUUAAAUAUGAUUGGAAGACAGUUGCAAAAGCAAGAUACUGUGUUACGUUUAUCUAUUCCACCUGAAGAAAGGUUGACCGUUACAUUAAGGUAA